AUGUUUUUGCUUUCAAAAAAUUCUACAAAUUCAGAUGGUAAAAUAAUGGUGAGAAGGUUUCUUGUAACCUUAAGGCCUUUCAGGUUAUUUGUGGCUGGAAUUGGAUUCUUCACCCUCUGUUUUAUAAUGACCUCCUUUGGUGGACAGUUUACAGGCAAGAGAGUGGGAGACUCACCUUUUGGCAUUAGACAAUUAGGUAUCAAAUCUGAAGGAAUUGGUUUGGAGUCACGUGUGCUGAGGAAAAUGACAGAUAUGCUGGAAGUAAUAGUGAAGCGGAUGGAGCCACUGGCAAAACUGGAAAAUGUGAGUGACUUCAGAAAAUUAGAGGAACUCAGCUCUGCUUUAAAUCGUUUUCAGCCGGCUGGACUGAUCGACAAGAUUCAAGCAAUUGCACAAAAUGUUUCACAUUUAACAAGUAGAGUUGAGCAGCUUCUACAAACAAGCCUUACCACAAGAAGAGAAGUUUCUUUCUAUGAGAAAGCCAGAGGAAAGGACAGCAGCCAAUGUGAGAUUCCCAAAGAUCCGAAUUUUCCUGACUGCCUUGGGAAGAUUGAGUGGAUGAGAGCCAGGUGGACCUCAGACCCGUGUUAUGCUUAUUAUGGUGUUGACGGCACGGACUGCUCUUUUCUGUUGUAUCUUAGUGAAAAAGAGUGGUUCUGUCCCCCGUUACCAUGGAAGAAUCGUACUGCUUUCCUCCCCAGGACUGAAACAAAAGUGCAGGUUGUCUUCAUAAAUCAUUUUGGAGUGGAAGAGUCAGUCCUGAUUAGCUGAAUGUCUGAACAAACAAGUACUGGAGGGAAGGCCUGUUCCUUUCAGUUAGGCCAACUUUAUAGCAGAUACAACUCUCUCAUUGCUGUCACUCCUCAUUUGAUUGGUUAUGCACAAGCUCUUUUGAUCUUCAUGUUCAAGCAGGCAUUCUACCGAAUGGACUUCACACAACUUCUCGAACUCAUGGGCAGUGGAAAGGAAUCAUUAAUAUUUAUGAAAAAGAGAAUCCGGAGAUUGUCAUCACAAUGGAUUUCGGCAGUUCAGAGCCUCAAAGAGAAACUUGAGAUGAGAGAGAGGCAACGGAAGAAGAUCUUGGUUCACCUGGGUUUCUUGACAGAGGAAGCAGGCGAUGUUUUCAGCCCUGUGGUAUCGAAAGGUGGCCCACUGGGCGAGUUGGUUCAAUGGGCUGAUAUCUUAACUACUCUGUAUGUGUUGGGCCACAGUUUGAAGAUUUCCGCUACUUUAAGGGAGCUACAAAGUUUCCUAGGUGUACCUCCUGGGAGGGGAAGUUGUCCUCUGACUGCACCAUUGUCUUUUGACCUAAUAUACACGGAUUAUCACGGACUUCAACAAAUGAAACAAAACAUGGGCCUUUCUUUCAAAAAGUACAAGUGUCGGAUUCGGGUGAUUGACACAUUUGGCACAGAGCCAGCCUACAACUUUGAUGAUUAUGCAAAUCUCCAUGGCUACCGAACAAACUGGGGUCACUGGAAUCUCAACCCAAAACAGUACAUGACUAUGUUUCCACAUAGUCCUGACAACUCAUUUAUGGGUUUUGUUGCCGAGAAACUGAACAAUACUGAGAAAGAGGCUAUUCAAUCAAGCAAGGUCAACAAUAUGGCAGUUGUGUAUGGAAAGGAUGCUAAUAUGUGGAAGGGAAAGGCGAAGUAUCUUGAAGUUAUUAACAAAUACAUGGAAAUCCAUGGAACUGUUUACUAUGAGACACAUUGGCCACCAGAGAUGCCUAUGUUUGUCAAAAACCAUGGCCUAUUACCUCAACAUGAGCUACAAAGACUACUAAGGAAAGCAAAGCUCUUCAUUGGAUUGGGGUUCCCAUAUGAAGGACCUGCCCCUCUGGAAGCCAUUGCUAACGGAUGUAUUUUCCUUCAACCCCGAUUCAACCCACCUCACAACUCAAAAAACAAUGAGUUCUUCAGAGGGAAACCCACAUCAAGAGAGGUUUCCUCACAGCAUCCAUACACUGAGUAUUUCAUUGGGAAACCACAUGUAUGGACAGUAGAUUUCAAUAACACAGAGGAACUGGCAUCGGCUGUAAGGACAAUUUUAGCAACCAAGGUUGAACCUUAUCUUCCAUAUGAAUUUACUUGUGAAGGGAUGCUGGAGCGUGUCCAUGCUUACAUCCAGUACCAGGAUCUGUGCGACACAGUAUUUCUGUCGUGGCCUCAGAAUCUUGCACGGCAUUUCUCACCCUCACCUAAUGCCACAAAUCAAAUCACAUUUCCUCAAAAUGUCAUUGGACUUUACUGGUCUCCAAAUGCCACCAAGGUGCUCACCUGGCCUCCUGUAAGCUCAAUGCGAUUCCAAGUAUCAGCAACAGCACAAUCUUGUACAAAUGCUUGUCAAGAGCAUGGACUCAUCUGUGAACCAAAAUUCUUCCAGUUUGUCAACAAUAAGGCCAUCUUUGAAAAGUUCAAUUUUGUCUGUGACAGCAUCGAGUCUGAGGCUAACCAUCUCUAUCCCGCCUUUGAGGAAAUCGCUCAGGACUGUUACCUUCAGAAGCAGAUCCUGCUGUUCAGUUGUGCAGGCCAUCAUCCAAAAUAUAGACGGCUCUGUCCCUGCAGAGACUUUCGCAAGGAACAAGUGGCACUCUGUAAAGGAUGUUUGUGA